ACAAAGUCAGAAGUCACUUCAUGAUCGCCUGAAAAAGGGAGAACUGAAAGGACUCACCCCGUUUACCGAUGACAACGGAGUUAUCAGAGUCGGAGGUCGAGUAAGCGAAGCCGUAAUCUCGUACGAUGCCAAACAUCCAGUUUUACUCCCACGUGAACACUGGAUAUCCCUGCUGAUCACUCGUAACUUCCAUCGAAACGGCCACUCAGGAGUUGCAACAACCGUUGCAAAGAUCAAGAAAAAGUUUUGGAUUAUCCGAUGUCAUGAUCUUGCCAAGUCAAUAAAGUUCCGAUGCGUAUGUUGUCGCCGAAUCCAAGCCAAAACCGAGGAGCAGUUCAUGUCAGACCUACCAAUUACCCGACUGGAGCCAUUCACACCACCCUUUCAUCGCACGGCAUGCGAUUACUUCGGUCCUUACCAAGUUAAAAUUGGCCGAAACAAAACAACCAAACACUAUGGCGUACUGUUUACAUGUCUGAAUACUCGUGCCGUACACCUGGAAAUCGCAGUGGACUAUUCCGCUAUGGAAUUCUUGCAAACCUUACGUCGAUUUUUCGCAAUCCGUGGACAACCGGCUCUGAUGAUCAGUGACAACGGGACGCAGCUGGUGGGAGCUCAACGUGAACUCCGAGAAAUGAUAGAAGGAUGGAACGAGAAAGAGUUGAAGGAAUUCAGCGCCGAGAAAGGAAUGGAGUGGAGAUUUAUUACUCCUGCAGCACCACAUCAUAACGGUUGUGCUGAGGCUCUUGUCAAGAGUUCGAAGAAAGCAUUAAAGAUCGCGAUUGGUGAACAAAUUUUGGCUCCGUUCGAGCUGUACACAUGCUUGCUGGAAGUUAGUAACCUGAUUAAUCAGCGUCCUAUUGGAAGGAUCCCCAAUGAUCCAGAUGACGGUUCUUUCCUUUGUCCAAACGACAUUUUACUUGGUCGAGCAUCAACAAUGGUACCACAAGGGCCAUUCAGAGAAACGAAGAAUCCUCAACAUCGUGUUGAAUUUGUCCAGAAGAUCAUCGAUAGUUUUUGGAAGCGUUGGAGCAGAGAUGUAUUUCCCACCUUAGUUCCCAGAAAGAAAUGGACUACUGAAAAAAGAAAUGUACGAGUGGAUGACAUCGUCGUGGUUCAAGAUACGAAUGCGAUUCGUGGAAACUGGACUACGGGCAGAAUUGUUAAUGUAUAUCCUGGAAAUGACGGACGAAUUCGUAACGUUAAGGUGAAGACAUCCACAUCGCACUACGAAAGACCUAUUACAAAAGUCGCAGUACUGUACCCUGCAGAAGGAUAUGAAGAUAAGUAACUCACAAUUAGUAACAUUAAGUGAUGAGGAAGAGUCCUCAUCGGGGGGGAGAGUGGAUUGACAGUUUAUAUACACGUGCGUAGACACGAAUGGAACUCAUUAUAAUUGAACUUUGAAACUAUGAUGACAAUAUUAGGUAUCAAAUAGCAAUCAUAGCAUUAGCAUAUAGACGCACAGCGAGACGGAAAAGGUGUAAAUAUAACGCAUGUUUUGUUAAAUAAGUAAAUGAAAGAAAGACGGGCUAACCUGAACGAUAAACGAUGAAAUAGACAGCUAAAGGAUCUCGCCACAGAAAUCGAAUUGUUAUUAUAUAAUUUAUAAUGCGAUUUGCGAGACUUCUUUGGUUUAAUGUCUGAGAUUACUUGCUAACCGGUCGUCUUGGUUCCGACGAAACAU